AGAACAACUUCGUAUGCAUAAGCUGCUAUCCAUUUGAUGACUGCUCAUUGAGCAUGGAACGCGCGAAGAAAUAUAUUGCCGAAUUCUAUCGUGCAGUUCAAACCAGUGAUUUACCCAAAUGAAAUUCAUUUGUCGACUGGCAGGAAUUAAAUAUUCACUCACGAAGAAAAAGAAUGUUUUCUUGGCUUGGAUUCUGUUUACUGUUUGUCGUGAUAAAAGCUCAGAAUCCAUGUCUUGACGGGAACUAUUAUGAGAUUGACCACGUAACUAAACGAUCGCCAUCUUUUGAUAUGGACUCCACACCUAUCUGUGAUAGAUAUAUUACAGAGGGAUGGUACCGAGCCAAAUCUCACGUGAUGUCUACGUCACCACCAAUCCUGGGGAAAUGCAACACAUUAUACCCAGUUUGGUUAAAAGAUCCUACUCCUCCUGAUGGGGACACAGAGACAUUAACAGCAUGUGAAGUGGGGUUUUUUGACGACUGUUCCAACACGUAUGAAAUAGAUGUCAAAAACUGUUCAACAUUUCUGGUUUACAAGCUUAUACCACUGGAUGUCUGCAACGCUGCAUAUUGCUUUGAGCUUGGACACGAUUGUGUGGAUGAAUUUGUAGACAACGUUCGAGUUUCCUUCCACAAUAUCACGUGGACAGAAAAGAAACAUGCGAUAGUUCCGGGUCUUUUUCAGUACGACCCCUCUGUCAACCUGAUUUGUUCCUUCACCCCUUCUGAUGAUGACUCCCUGCUCUACGACAUUGACUGGUACGUCGAUAACGAGACUGUGAUCCAAGGACAGACCGUCGACAAGUGGUCAUUAGAUGACGCUAUUCUCUCCGCAGCCGAUCUAAACAAGGCGGGGAAAAAGAUAAACACAUGGAUUCACUGUGCUGUAGGAGUGAAGAAGUCAAAAAACAGCCUUCCGUGUUUUUCAAAAUCCAGCAAACUGUUCUUUGCAGGAAUAGAGAUCUUGAAUCAUACUCUAAGUAUUGAGAGGAAAGGAAAAGUUACGUUAAUGAUGCGACCCACAAUUCCAUUUGCAUCUGAGACUAUUCACACUCCAGAUGGAAAGCAGUCGGCUUCUCCUUUGAACAUCCAGUUGUCGUUUCCUGGAAAAUCUGAGGCAAAGUGCAAAAGGAGUUCGAUUGGUAACCUGAAAAAAUGUUCUGUAACUAUAGACAGUCACAUUUUUAGAGAAAAGCAAAAUUAUGAGGAUGAGACAAAAUGGUACAAGAUCCAUACCAUAGAGAUAUUCAAUUCAGAUGAUGAAGGUUAUUACAUGCCUGACCACAAGCUCGUGUUGCGACUAGAAACAAACAGCCCAAGCGGACAGGGUGCCAUGAUAUUUUCUGAUGUUGUUUUUCAUGACGUUCAUAUCAACGUUGUAGACGAGAAGGAAGCAUGGAAGGGGAAACGCUGUAGUUCGUAUGCCGAUCCACAUCAAACAACGUUCGACGGACUCCAUUAUGAAUGCCAAAGCACGGGAUGUAUUACCGGAAAGACGUAUAUAUUUUAUAAGAACGCUGCUCAUUUACAGGAGGUGCAAGUCCGCCACGAAAACUGCUGGGGACGACCUCGUUGUGUCUGCGCAGUGGCAGCUCGAUCAGGACAGGAUGUGUUUACCAUCGAUGCUUGUUAUCGGAGGCAGUAUAUCAACUUUCCUAUCUGUAAAGAGAAUUCUCUCAAAGUCAUCAAAGAAACAGACAAAGUUUACAAGAUCAUAUUUCCAACCGGAACAUUUGUUAAAGUCUUCCUUUACAACUACGGUUGGUCUUUCUGGUACAUAAACCUAGAAGUGUACCCCACAGUGGCUGAUCUAGGUAAAACGUCUGGAUUGUGUGGAGUACUGGACAAUGAUAGGACUAAUGACCUCCGCCGUAUGGACGGUACCCAGGACAAUAUAUACUCCUACAGCUACCAUAAUCCACCUGAUGGUUUCUCCCUGUCAUGGCAACUUCCCGCUGGUAGUUCAGAUGACCUUCUAGCGAAUUCACAGACUGUUUUUGAUAGUUUGACACCGUUGUCCUCAUAUUUGCACAAACUUUGCACUUGUGAUAAAGACAAAACACUCUGCAGCUACAAACAGUACACUGAAUGCAAAACAAACGUUAGAGGCCGGGAGUACCACUGUGUACUCCACAGCAGCAGCUCAAGGAGGAAAAAACGAGACCUGGAGAUUCUCACAUCCCUUCAAGAAAUGGACGCGAAAUCAGUCGAACAAACGCGAGUCAAACGACAAGCAGUUAGCGAGGUAGAUGCCUUCAAUAUAUGCGAUGAUGCAUUUCAACAGUCUGCACACUAUAAUAUUUGCCUCCAGGUUGUUCCAAACUUCACCAAUGAAACGUUUGCUAACUGCAUUAAUGAUCUAACAAUUACCGGGGAUCAUAACCUUACUCAGUUGCAUCUCGAUACAGGCCUUGUACAAUGUCAAACAUAUAUAUUGUUGAACUCUACAUUUGCAAAUGAGCAUCCGGAUAUUGCGGCAUUUAUCACUAAUUUAUGCCCAAACAAUUGUAGCAGUAAUGGAAUAUGCACAUCAGGGAAUUGUACCUGCAAUGACGGAUACGGGGGAAGUGAUUGCUCGUUUGACGUUUUGUCUCCACCUACAAUAACAAGAUUAUCUGGUGACGGUGUUUGUGACAAAUCAUCGGCGUCUUGUGACGACAUUACGCUUUAUGGCAAUUACUUCUUGGAAAAUAUGAGGACAUCUUGUUUUGUGACAAGGGAAGAGAACAAUGAAAAUAAUACCGUGGCAUUAUCAACAUCAUAUAACACAAAACUAGAAGAAAGAACCAUGUUUGAAGGGUAUUGCAGCCUUGAGUAUGGAUCUGGAAAUUCAUGGAUUACGUCAUUUCAGUUUAAUCUUUCUAAUGAUGGCACUCAGUUUACGGAUUCGCAUACAGUAUACAUUUACCAGUCUGCCUGUCAAACAUUCAAUAACGAAUCUGGGAGUGUUUAUUUCACACUUCAGAAUGGAUUUUGUUACAUAAAUGGAACGUGUAUAGAAAGGGGAACAUUUAAAAGCAACGAAAGCUGUUGGCAAUGCUUGCCGUUAUUCAAUACAUUUGAUUGGACUUGGGAAUGUAACACGACAGAAACUACAGAAACUACAGAACCAACAACCACUUCUUUCCAUCCAGCUUCCUCCACAUCCUCAGCUGAUCUUACAACCACUUCUUUCCAUCCAGCUUCCUCCACAUCCUCAGCAGAUCUUACAACCACAACAGUUCUUAUGGCUUCCUCGGAAACAGAUCAAGCCUCAAGAACCACCAAAAAAUAUAAAAACAGACAUGAAGAUACCAAAGAGGUUUUACGAUUGGAAGUAAUAGGUCUAAGCGUUGCAGUUGCUGUCUUUGCGAUUAUGAUUUUGUUCGUUACUGGAUACAUGGUCAAACACAAAUUAUUUUCAAAGUCAAGCAUAAACAAAUUAAAGCCAACCCCGGAAGACAUCGGUGGAGAUAGCAAGACAACGGUAAUAAUAGGAAUUUCAAACCCAGACGAUCUGUGGCUGUUUCAGAAGUCUGCUCAACUGUAUUCCAGACCACCGGUUUCACAUUUCAUUUACGAUAUGCCACAAACUAAUGAUCUCCGCAGACUUUAUGAAAAACCAGCCGCCCAACCGGUACAUAUUUAUGUCAAACAACAAGAUUUCCAUGGCAACUAAACUGAAAGUUAAUGAAUUAGAACUUUUUGUUGACACCAAACGUUAUUUUCUUUCUCACAUAUCUACUACUAUAUUUUCGUGAAAGUUUGCUUUUAAAGUUUGGCAUUUGUAAAAGACUAUUUUUCUCUGGUUUAAACAUGUAAUAUGAUAUAAAGAUGGGGGCUUAAGAUGUUCAUUUAUUUUAUUUGUGACCUAUGUCACAUGUCAUUUUUUUUUUAAUUUGGGGCCCCAACAGAAAUGAUAAUUUCCCCGAAGUUGCUGCUAAAAUUUGGCAUCGAAAUUACUUAUUUGAAGAAAUCAAACUAAUAUUUAUCUAUUGAUCUAUAAUAUAGUUAUGACUCAAUACAGUAUGAAGAUGAACACAUGUAGUGA